AUGCUUUCUCACGCACUCGUCGCCGUCCUCGGCAUGACUGCUGCCGUCGUCGCCGCUCCUCCUCGUCCUCGCACUCUUGCCGCGGACGAUGUCAUCAUCCUGCGUACCGAUGGAACUUCUCAAAUCAUGAAGGCCGCCGACUACGACGCCCUCGAGACCGCGAGCGCUGCCCCGGCUCCCCUCGGCUCUCACAACCUCACCAGCACCCCUGGCAUCUUCCGCCGCGGCUGCGCCAAGAGCACCGAGGUCCAGGUCACCUCCGACGAGGAGUUCCUCAACUGGGACGUCGCCAUCUCCCCCGUCCUCUCUUCCAAGGGCAACACCCAGGCCACGGUCAGCGUGUCGACCGGCUACGAGAUCGGCAACUCCCUCUCCAUCGGCCACGAGAUCAGCAUCGGCGGCGACUCCGUCAUCAGCGCGUCCCUCAACCUGGACUUGGACAUGAGCUGGUCCACCUCGCUGGAGAGCUCCCUCGACUUUGAAGUCCCCGACGGAAAGUUCGGCGUCAUCGUCAGCCAGCCCUACGUCCGCCGCGUCCAGGGCAACGUGUUGACCGGCUGCACCGACAGCCCGACCAAGGCCUCCUUCAUGGCUGAUUCCUACGAGAGCCAGGCCUACGGCAACCUCGCUUGGGUCAAGGGUGUCAUUCGCUUGUGCAGCAGCGACACAUACCCCAUCCCCUUUUGCAUCGGCGAGGGCCAACACAAAUAA